AUGGGGUCUGGCAGGGGGAUAUGGGUGCCAGAAUGGGCUUUCCUGUUAGCAGUUUGCUGUAUCCAUCAGAUAGGAGCCAACACUGAAAUCCAGCAGGAAACAGUGUUGGAGGUUAUUCAGCAGAAACAAAACACUUCUCUUAUGGUAAACAUCAUCUGGCCAAUGCUGACAAAUCCAUUAAUAAGACCUUCCAAUCCUGCUCACAAUGGUCGCGUGUGCAGCACAUGGGGCAACUUCCACUUCAAGACCUUCGAUGGAGACAUAUUCUCCUUCCCUGGGCUCUGUAAUUACAUUUUUGCAUCCCACUGCAACACUCCCUAUGAGGAUUUCAACAUCCAGAUUAGGCGUACAGUGGUGGAAAAUGCUCCAACAAUCAGCCGUAUCACCAUGAUACUUGAAGGCGUAGCUGCUGAACUAACAAAGGAUGUUGUAACGAUCAACAGCAACAGAGUUCAACUGCCAUACAGAGAAUUUGGAAUUACUAUAGAGAAAAGCAGCAUUUAUGUCAAAGUUGCCAGCAAAAUGGGUAUUGUGUUAAUGUGGAAUGAAGAUGACAGUAUCCUGCUGGAAUUGAAUGAGAAAUAUGCUAAUCAGACCUGUGGACUCUGUGGGGACUUCAAUGGUUUUCCAAUUUACAAUGAGUUCUAUUCAAACAAUAUUAAGAUUACAGCAUUGCAGUUUGGGAAUAUGCAGAAAAUGGAUGGGCCAACAGAAGUCUGUGAAGACUCCACUUCUACCCUGCCAGAUAAUUGCACUGAUAUUUUUGAUGACAUAUGUCAGGAAACAUUGACCAGCUCUGCAUUUGCAGAGUGUAAUCACCUAGUUGAUGUUAAAGAGUACAUUACAGCUUGCCAAGAAGACUUGUGCCACUCUGAAGAGUCUAAAAAUGCCUCAUGUAUCUGUGACACCUUUGCUGAAUACUCCCGGCAGUGUGCUCAUGCUGGUGGGCAUCCUCUGAACUGGAGAACCUCAAAACUCUGUCCCAAGAAGUGUCCUUACAACAUGCAGUAUGAGGAGUGCGGCUCCCCCUGUGCUGACACAUGCACCAAUCCUGAACCAUCUCAGUUUUGUGAAGAACACUGUAUAGACGGUUGUUUUUGCCCCCCAGGGACUGUAUUUGAUGACAUCAAUAAAUCUGGCUGCAUUCCCCGUCAGCAGUGCUCCUGUGUUUACAAUGGCAACACAUAUGCCACAGGAACAUCCUUUUCAGGGCAAUGUCAUUCCUGUACCUGUAAUGGAGGCCAGUGGCGUUGUGAAAACACGUCAUGCCCAGGAACAUGUUCAGUAGAGGGAGGUUCACACAUUUCCACAUACGAUAAAAAAAAUUAUGAUCACCAUGGAAACUGCACUUACGUCCUUUCUAAGCACUGUACAGAUAGAACAUUUGCCAUCCUGGUAGAACUACGCAAAUGUGGCCUAACAAAAACUGGGACAUGCUUAGAGACAGUGACCCUCAACGUGAAUAAAGGACAAACUCUCAUCGAGGUCAAACCUGAUGGUGGUGUAUAUGUGAACUCGAUCUACACCCAGUUGCCCAUCUCAUCAGCUAAUGCCACCGUGUUCAGACCUUCAUCAUUCUUCAUCAUCAUGCAGACAAACUUCGGUGUCCUCGUUGAAAUCCAAAUUAUACCCAUGAUGCAAGUGUUUGUGCGACUGGAUCCUAUUUUCAAAGGCCAGACAUGUGGUCUCUGUGGCAAUUUCAAUGAUCUCGAAACUGAUGACUUCAAGGUUAUAAGUGGAAUAACUGAAGGAACAGCAACAGCAUUUGCUGAUACAUGGAUGACUCAGGCUUCAUGCCCUAAAAUCCAGCGCAGUUUUGAGAACCCUUGUGCACUCAGCAUUGAUAAUGAAAAAUAUGCUCAGCACUGGUGUGGACUACUAACUGACAAGAAAGGACCUUUUGCGGAUUGUCACUAUGCAGUGAACCCCUCUGAUUACCACAUGAACUGCAUGUAUGACACAUGUAACUGUAAAAAUAGUGAGGACUGUCUGUGUGCAGCCCUGUCUUCCUAUGUGAGAGCUUGUGCUGCAAAAGGAAUACAGCUGGACGGAUGGAGGACUGAUGUCUGCUCAAAAUACACCUCAUGUCCCAAAUCCCUAAGCUACAGCUAUAACAUCUCUUCCUGUCAACCCACUUGUCGAUCUCUGAGUGAGCGUGAUGUCACAUGCAACAUUAAGUUUGUCCCAGUUGAUGGCUGUACCUGCAUAAAUGGAACUUACAUGGAUGACAGUGGCAGAUGUGUGCCUGCUACAGAAUGCCCCUGCUACUACAGAGGAUCUCCCAUAUCAUCUGGAGAAAUUGUCCAAGAAAAUGGGCUUGUAUGCACUUGCAUCCAGGGAAGACUGGAUUGUACUGGAGAAAACAAUCCAGCUCGAGUCUGCGAAUCUCCCAUGAUCUACCUAGACUGUAGAAACAUCACUGAAGGAACAACUGGAACAGAAUGUCAAAAAAGUUGCCAGACUCUGGAUAUGCAGUGUUAUAGCGCGAAAUGUGUAUCUGGCUGCGUGUGCCCAGCUGGGCUUGUGUUACAUGGGAAUGGUGAUUGUAUUCCUGAAGAGGAAUGUCCGUGUAUUCACAAUGAAGCCAUGUAUCAGCCUGGGGAAAAGAUCAACGUUGAUUGUAACACCUGUGUAUGCAAGAAUAGGAAGUGGGAAUGCACCAAAGAUCAAUGUCUGGGCACUUGCGUUGUUUAUGGAGAUGGUCAUUAUAAUACCUUUGAUGACAAAAGGUUCAACUUCAAUGGAAAUUGUGAAUACACACUAGUCCAGGACCACUGUGGGAUGAGUGGCACAGCCAAUGGAACCUUCCGGGUUAUUACUGAAAAUAUUCCCUGUGGCAACACUGGGACAACUUGCUCAAAAUCUAUCAAAGUUUUCUUAGAGAGCUAUGAACUGAUACUUGGCGAGGAGCAUGUCAGUGUCAUAAAGAGAGGACAAAAUAAUGAGGUGCCAUACACAGUCCGCUAUAUGGGUAUGUACUUGGUAAUUGAGACCACAAGUGGACUGAUACUCAUGUGGGACAAGAAAACCAGCAUCUUCAUCAAGCUCAGCCCUGAUUUUAAGGGCCAGAUCUGUGGCCUCUGUGGAAAUUAUGAUGGCAACGGCAUCAAUGACUUUACUACAAGGAGUCAGUCUGUGGUAGAGAAUGUCCUGGAGUUUGGAAACAGCUGGAAAGUAUCCUCUACAUGCCCUGAUGCUUCCAGCAUAAAGGACCCAUGUUCUACCAACCCCUAUCGAAAAUCCUGGUCAGAGAAACAGUGUAGCAUCAUCAACAGCAAUGUCUUUGCUGCCUGUCACUCUCAGGUUGAACCAGCAAAAUACUACCAAGCAUGUGUGACAGAUGCUUGUGCUUGUGACACUGGAGGAGACUGUGAUUGCUUUUGUACAGCAGUAGCUGCCUAUGCUCAAGCGUGUAGUGAAGUUGGCGUCUGCAUAGCCUGGAGAACCCCAUCAAUCUGUCCACUGUUCUGUGAUUACUACAAUCAACAAGGGGAAUGUGAAUGGCACUAUAAGCCUUGUGGAGCCUCCUGUAUGAAGACCUGUAGGAACCCAAGCGGAAAAUGCCUCCACAACUUGUCAGGUUUAGAAGGCUGCUACCCUAACUGCCCACCAGACAAGCCAUAUUUUCAUGAGGAUCAGAUGAAGUGCGUUAGUCUCUGCGACUGUUAUGAUAACGAAGAUGGAAAGAUAUAUAUACGGGACGAAUGCCGUUUAUGUGAAUGCACAUCAGAUGGUUUAGAGUGCAAGUUUGAUGAUAAAGCAUGCCACUGCAUUUAUGAAGGGAACAGCUAUAAAUAUGGUGAACUCAUCUACAACACCACAGAUGGAACUGGAUGGUGUUUCACUGCAACAUGUGAUGUCAAUGGAACAAUUAGCAGAAAAAUCUUUAAAUGUGGCAUCUUUACAACAACCCCAUUUCCUUUUCUUACAAGUCAGUCCGAAACUACUGCUUCAGGUAUGCAUGAAUCAGUGACAACUGUAUGUGUGAAGAACGUGUGUUCAUGGUCAGACUGGUAUGACUGCACACAGCCUGAAAAUAAAGAGGACAGUGGAGAUUAUGAAACAUUUGAAAAUCUCCGAGAAAAAGGAUACAGUGUGUGUAAAAACCCAAACGGUGUUCAAUGCAGAGCCAAGGAACACCCAAAUACACAAAUAAACAAUCUUAACCAAACAGUACAAUGUAGUCUAAGUACAGGAUUAAUAUGCAAUAACAAAGACCAGCAAUCUAAGCACUGCUAUAAUUAUGAAAUCAGAGUAUUAUGCUGCAGUUACAUACCAUGUUCAGAAUUACCAACUACGACAACAAGAACCACAGUCUUCACAACUACUGGUGUAAAAUCAACAUCAUUCACAGUACAAACAAAGCCACAACAAACACCAGAGAAACAACAAACAGAAGUGCAAGUAAGUGAAGUAACUACAUCACCAAGAAACAGAGAAAGCACAAGUCUGACUGUAAAUUCAGUUACACCAAAAACAUUACAAAUCUCAACUACAGGUUACGAGAAAACGUCAAAUAAAGAAGAAACGUCAACUCUAGCAACCUACACUCCAACAUCACACAUUAUUACUUCAACCCACCACCCCUCAGCAACAACGACGACCACUGGCAUGACAGUUGUCCUAAGCACCACUGCGCCAUCAACACAAGGCACAACCAUCAUUACUACCACCAGCAAAGCCAGCACAACAAGGACCUCUCCGCCUCCAAAAGAAGGAACUAGCACCACGACACCCACUGCAACAUCACACAUCACAGCAAGAAGCACAAUCAGCACCUCGAUGACCACCACAGGAAGUACCACAACAUCCACACCCACGUCUACUCCAACUCAAACAUCCACUCCGCCAACACAGGCUCCAACAUCACAAAGUACUGCCACCAGCCUCUACCCAUCAGCAACGACAACCACCACCGGCACCACUGCUGUCCCCAGUACCACUGCGCCACCAACACAUGGCACAACAGUAAUCACUUCCACCACCAAGGCCAGCACAACAAGGACCUCUCCACCUCCAACAGAAACAACCACCACCACGACACCCGCUCCAACAGUGUCCACAUCAGGAGCCAGCAGUACCAGCACCUCCAGUACCACCACACUAAGCACCACAACAUCCACAUCCACGUCUACUCCACCUCAAACAUCCACUCCGCCAACACAGGCUCCAACAGCACACAGGACUGCCACCAGCCUCUACCCAUCAGCAACGACAACCAUCACUGGCAACACAGGUCUCCCAGGUACCAGAGCACCGUCAAAACAAGGCACAACCAUCGUCACCACCACCAGCACGGCCAGUCCAACAAGGACCUCUCCACCUGCAACAGAAACAACCACCACCACGACGACCGCUCCAACAAUACCCACAUCAGUAGCCAGCAGUACCAGCACCUCCAGUACCACCACACUAAGCACCACAACAUCCACAUCCACGUCUACUCCACCUCAAACAUCCACUCCGCCAACACAGGCUCCAACAGCACACAGGACUGCCACCAGCCUCUACCCAUCAGCAACGACAACCACCACUGGCAACACAGGUCUCACCAGUACCACUGCGCCGUCAACACAAGGCGCAACCAUCGUCACCACCACCAGUACGGCCAGCACCACCAGGACCUCUCCAUCUCCAACAGAAGGAACCACCAUCAUCACACCCAAUCCAACAUCACACACCUCAGCCAGUAGCACAAUCAGCACCUCGAGGACCACCACAGGAACCACCACAACGUCCACAUCCACGUCUACUCCACCUCAAACAUCCACUCCGCCAACACAGGCACCAACAUCACACAGUACUGCCACCAGCCUCUACCCAUCAGCAACGACAACCACCACCGGCACCACUGCUGUCCCCAGUACCACUGCGCCACCAACACAUGGCACAACAGUAAUCACUUCCACCACCAAGGCCAGCACAACAAGGACCUCUCCACCUCCAAGAGAAACAACCACCACCACCACGACCGCUCCAACAGUGUCCACAUCAGGAGCCAGCAGUACCAGCACCUCCAGUACCACCACACUAAGCACCACAACAUCCACAUCCACGUCUGCUCCACCUCAAACAUCCACUCCGCCAACACAGGCUCCAACAGCACACACUACUGCCACCAGCCUCUACCCAUCAGCAACGACAACCACCACUGGCAACACAGGUCUCCCCAGUACCACUACGCCGUCAACACAAGGCACAACCAUCGUCACCACCACCAGCAUGGCCAACACCACCAGGACGGCUCCACCUCCAACAGAAGGAACCACCAUCAUCACACCCAAUCCAACAUCACACACCUCAGCCAGUAGCACAAUCAGCACCUCGAGGACCACCACAGGAACCACCACAACGUCCACAUCCACGUCUACUCCACCUCAAACAUCCACUCCGCCAACACAGGCUCCAACAUCACACAGUAUUGCCACCAGCCUCUACCCAUCAGCAACGACAACCACCACCGGCACCACCGCUGUCCCCAGUACCACUGCGCCACCAACACAUGGCAUAACAGUAAUCACUUCCACCACCAAGGCCAGCACAACAAGGACCUCUCCACCUCCAACAGAAACAACCACCACCACGACACCCGCUCCAACAGUGUCCACAUCAGGAGCCAGCAGUACCAGCACCUCCAGUACCACCACACUAAGCACCACAACAUCCACAUCCACGUCUACUCCACCUCAAACAUCCACUCCGCCAACACAGGCUCCAACAGCACACAGGACUGCCACCAGCCUCUACCCAUCAGCAACAACAACCACCACUGGCAACACAGGUCUCCCCGGUACCACUGCACCGUCAACACAAGGCACAACCAUCGUCACCACCACCAGCACAGCCAGCACCACCAGGACCUCUCCACCUCCAACAGAAACAACCACCACCACGACGACCGCUCCAAUAAUACCCACAUCAGGAGCCAGCAGUACCAGCACCUCCAGUACCACCACACUAAGCACCACAACAUCCACAUCCAGGCCUACUCCACCUCAAACAUCCACUCCGCCAACACAGGCUCCAACAGCACACACUACUGCCACCAGCCUCUACCCAUCAGCAACGACAACCACCACUGGCAACACAGGUCUCACCAGUACCACUGUGCCAACAACAGAAGGCACAACCAUUGUCACCACCACCAGCAAGGCCAGCACCACCAGGACCUCUCCACCUCCAACAGAAGGAACCACCAUCAUCACACCCAAUCCAACAUCACACACCUCAGCCAGUAGCACAAUCAGCACCUCGAGGAUCACCACAGGAACCACCACAACAUCCACAUCCACGUCUACUCCACCUCAAACAUCCACUCCGCCAACACAGGCUCCAACAGCACACACUACUGCCACCAGCCUCUACCCAUCAGCAACGACAACCACCGCAGGCACCACGGUUCUCACCAGUACCACUGUGCCAUCAAUAGAAGGCACAACCAUCAGCACUACCACCAGCACGGCCAGUGCAACAAGGACCUCUCCACCUCCAACAGCAACAACCACCACCACCACGAUCGCUCCAACAGUGCCCACAUCAGUAGCCAGCAGUACCAGCACCUCGAGGACCACCACAGGAACCACCACAACGUCCACAUCCUCGUCUACUCUACCUCAAACAUCCACUCCGCCAACCCAGGCUCCAACAGCACACAGUACUGCCACCAUUCUCCGCCCUUCAGCAACAACAACCACCACUGGCUCCACCACAGUCCCCAGUAGCACUGCGCCUCCAACACAAGGCACAACCAUCAUCAUUACCACCAGCACGGCCAGCACCACCAGGACCUCUCCACCUUCAACAGAAGGAACAAGCACCAUCACAUCCACUCCAACAGCGUCCACCUCAGAAUCUAACAUCACUGCCAGCACCUCCAGGACAUCAAGCUCCUGCCAGCCACAGUGCAUCUGGACGCAGUGGUUUGACAUCGAUACCCCCAGCCCUGGGAGUGAAAAUGGAGACACAGAGACAUUUGAAAGAAUCCGAGCUGCUGGGUACGCACUGUGUGACCAGCCACAAGAUAUCAAGUGCCGUGCUAUAGAUUACCCUUCUAGGAGUCUGGACAAACUGGGUCAGGUCUUUGACUGCAGCAUUGAGUUUGGCCUUGUGUGCAAAAAUAAGGAUCAGAUCACAAAGUACCCCCUGUGCUUUGACUAUGAGAUUCAGGUGCUGUGCUGUGACACUAAACACUGCCAGACAACACCAGCAACUCCAGGCACCACUGCAGGAUCCUCCACCACAGCCUCUCCAACACAAACAUCCUCUCUGCCAACACAGGCUCCAACAGCACACAGUACUGCCACCAGCCUCUACCUAUCAGCAACAACCACCACCACUGGCAACACAGGUCUACCCAGUACCACUGCGCCAUCAACACAAGGCACAACCAUAAUAAACACCACCAGCACGGCCAGCACAACAAGGACUUCUCCACCUCCAACAGAAACAACCACCACCACGACGACCGCUCCAACAGUGUCCACAUCAGGAGCCAGCAUUAUCAGCACCUCCAGUAGCACCACACUAAGCACCACAACAUCCACAUCCACGUCUACUCCACCUCAAACAUCCACUCCGCCAACACAGGCUCCAACAGCACACAGGACUGCCACCAGCCUCUACCCAUCAGCAACGACAACCACCACUGGCAACAUAGGUCUCACCAGUACCACUGCACCAUCAACACAAGGCACAACCAUCGUCACCACCACCAGUACGGCCAGCACCACCAGGACCUCUCCAUCUCCAACAGAAGGAACCACCAUCAUCACACCCAAUCCAACAUCACACACCUCAGCCAGCAGCACAAUCAGCACCUCAAGGACCACCACAGGAACCACCACAACGUCCACAUCCACGUCUACUCCACCUCAAACAUCCACUCCGCCAACACAGGCACCAACAUCACACAGUACUGCCACCAGCCUCUACCCAUCAGCAACGACAACCACCACCGGCACCACUGCUGUCCCCAGUACCACUGCGCCACCAACACAUGGCACAACAGUAAUCACUUCCACCACCAAGGCCAGCACAAUAGGGACGUCUCCACCUCCAACAGAAACAACCACCACCACGAUACCCGCUCCAACAGUGUCCACAUCAGUAGCCAGCAGUACCAGCACCUCCAGUACCACCACACUAAGCACCACAACAUCCACAUCCACGUCUACUCCACCUCAAACAUCCACUCCGCCAACACAGGCUCCAACAGCACACAGGACUGCCACCAGCCUCUACCCAUCAGCAACGACAACCACCACUGGCAACACAGGUCUCCCCGGUACCACUGCACCGUCAACACAAGGCACAACCAUCGUCACCACCACCAGCACAGCCAGCACCACCAGGACCUCUCCACCUCCAACAGAAACAACCACCACCACGAUGACCGCUCCAACAAUACCCACAUCAGUAGCCAGCAGUACCAGUACCUCCAGUACCACCACACUAAGCACCACAACAUCCACAUCCACGUCUACUCCACCUCAAACAUCCACUCCGCCAACAGAGGCUCCAACAGCACACACUACUGCCACCAGCCUCUACCCAUCAGCAACGACAACCACCACUGGCAACAUAGGUCUCACCAGUACCACUGCACCAUCAACACAAGGCACAACCAUCGUCACCACCACCAGUACGGCCAGCACCACCAGGACCUCUCCAUCUCCAACAGAAGGAACCACCAUCAUCACACCCAAUCCAACAUCACAUACCUCAGCCAGCAGCACAAUCAGCACCUCAAGGACCACCACAGGAACCACCACAACGUCCACAUCCACGUCUACUCCACCUCAAACAUCCACUCCGCCAACACAGGCACCAACAUCACACAGUACUGCCACCAGCCUCUACCCAUCAGCAACGACAACCACCACCGGCACCACUGCUGUCCCCAGUACCACUGCGCCACCAACACAUGGCACAACAGUAAUCACUUCCACCACCAAGGCCAGCACAAUAGGGACGUCUCCACCUCCAACAGAAACAACCACCACCACGACGACCGCUCCAACAGUGUCCACAUCAGUAGCCAGCAGUACCAGCACCUCCAGUACCACCACACUAAGCACCACAACAUCCACAUCCACGUCUACUCCACCUCAAACAUCCACCCCGCCAACACAGGCUCCAACAGCACACAGGACUGCCACCAGCCUCUACCCAUCAGCAACGACAACCACCACUGGCAACACAGGUCUCCCCGGUACCACUGCACCGUCAACACAAGGCACAACCAUCGUCACCACCACCAGCACAGCCAGCACCACCAGGACCUCUCCACCUCCAACAGAAACAACCACCACCACGACGACCGCUCCAACAAUACCCACAUCAGUAGCCAGCAGUACCAGUACCUCCAGUACCACCACACUAAGCACCACAACAUCCACAUCCACGUCUACUCCACCUCAAACAUCCACUCCGCCAACACAGGCUCCAACAGCACACACUACUGCCACCAGCCUCUACCCAUCAGCAACGACAACCACCACUGGCAACACAGGUCUCACCAGUACCACUGUGCCAACAACAGAAGGCACAACCAUUGUCACCACCACCAGCAAGGCCAGCACCACCAGGACCUCUCCACCUCCAACAGAAGGAACCACCAUCAUCACACCCAAUCCAACAUCACACACCUCAGCCAGUAGCACAAUCAGCACCUUGAGGAUCACCACAGGAAGCACCACAACAUCCACAUCCACGUCUACUCCACCUCAAACAUCCACUCCGCCAACACAGGCUCCAACAGCACACACUACUGCCACCAGCCUCUACCCAUCAGCAACGACAACCACCGCAGGCACCACGGUUCUCACCAGUACCACUGUGCCAUCAAUAGAAGGCACAACCAUCAGCACUACCACCAGCACGGCCAGUGCAACAAGGACCUCUCCACCUCCAACAGCAACAACCACCACCACCACGAUCGCUCCAACAGUGCCCACAUCAGUAGCCAGCAGUACCAGCACCUCGAGGACCACCACAGGAACCACCACAACGUCCACAUCCUCGUCUACUCUACCUCAAACAUCCACUCCGCCAACCCAGGCUCCAACAGCACACAGUACUGCCACCAUUCUCCGCCCUUCAGCAACAACAACCACCACUGGCUCCACCACAGUCCCCAGUAGCACUGCGCCUCCAACACAAGGCACAACCAUCAUCAUUACCACCAGCACGGCCAGCACCACCAGGACCUCUCCACCUUCAACAGAAGGAACAAGCACCAUCACAUCCACUCCAACAGUGUCCACCUCAGAAUCUAACAUCACUGCCAGCACCUCCAGGACAUCAAGCUCCUGCCAGCCACAGUGCAUCUGGACGCAGUGGUUUGACAUCGAUACCCCCAGCCCUGGGAGUGAAAAUGGAGACAUAGAGACAUUUGAAAGAAUCCGAGCUGCUGGGUACGCACUGUGUGACCAGCCACAAGAUAUCAAGUGCCGUGCUAUAGAUUACCCUUCUAGGAGUCUGGACAAACUGGGUCAGGUCUUUGACUGCAGCAUUGAGUUUGGCCUUGUGUGCAAAAAUAAGGAUCAGAUCACAAAGUACCCCCUGUGCUUUGACUAUGAGAUUCAGGUGCUGUGCUGUGACACUAAACACUGCCAGACAACACCAGCAACUCCAGGCACCACUGCAGGAUCCUCCACCACAGCCUCUCCAACACAAACAUCCUCUCUGCCAACACAGGCUCCAACAGCACACAGUACUGCCACCAGCCUCUACCUAUCAGCAACAACCACCACCACUGGCAACACAGGUCUACCCAGUACCACUGCGCCAUCAACACAAGGCACAACCAUAAUAAACACCACCAGCACGGCCAGCACAACAAGGACUUCUCCACCUCCAACAGAAACAACCACCACCACGACGACCGCUCCAACAGUGUCCACAUCAGGAGCCAGCAUUAUCAGCACCUCCAGUAGCACCACACUAAGCACCACAACAUCCACAUCCACGUCUACUCCACCUCAAACAUCCACUCCGCCAACCCAGGCUCCAACAUCACGCAGGACUGCCACCAGCCUCUACCCAUCAGCAACGACAACCACCACUGGCAACACAGGUCUCACCGGUACCACUGUGCCAACAACAGAAGGCACAACCAUUGUCACCACCACCAGCAAGGCCAGCACCACCAGGACCUCUCCACCUCCAACAGAAGGAACCACCAUCAUCACACCCAAUCCAACAUCACACACCUCAGCCAGCAGCACAAUCAGCACCUCGAGGACCACCACAGGAACCACCACAAUGUCCAUAUCCACAUCUACUCCACCUCAAACAUCCACUCCACCAACCCAGGCUCCAACAGCACACAGUACUGCCACCAGCCUCUACCCAAAAGCAACGACAACCACCACCAGCACCACUGCUGUCCCCAGUACCACUGCGCCACCAACACAUGGCACAACAGUAAUCACUUCCACCACCAAGGCCAGCACAACAAGGACCUCUCCACCUCCAACAAAAACAGCCACCACCACGACACCCACUCCAACAGUGCCCACAUCAGGAGCCAGCAGUACCAGCAUCUCCAGUACCACCACACUAAGCACCACAACAUCCACAUCCACGUCUAUUCCACCUCAAACAUCCACUCCGCCAACACAGGCUCCAACAGCACACACUACUGCCACCAGCCUCUACCCAUCAGCAACGACAACCACCGCAGGCACCACGGUUCUCACCAGUACCACUGUGCCAUCAACAGAAGGCACAACCAUCAGCACUACCACCAGCACGGCCAGCGCAACAAGGACCUCUCCACCUCCAACAGAAACAACCACCACCACGAUCGCUCCAACAGUGCCCACAUCAGGAGCCAGCAGUACCAGCACCUCCAGUACCACCACAUUAAGAACCACAACAUCCACAUCCACGUCUACUCCACCUCAAACAUCCACUCUACCAACCCAGGCUCCAACAGCACACACUACUGCCACCAGCCUCUACCCAUCAGCAACGACAAUCACCGCAGGCAACACGGUUCUCACUAGUACCACUGUGCCAACAGAAGGCACAACCAUCAGCACUACCACCAGCACGGCCAGCACAACAAGGACCUCUCCACCUCCAACAGAAAAAACCACCACCACGACACCCGCACCAACAGUGCCCACAUCAGGAGCCAGCAGUACCAGCACCUCCAGUACCACCACACUAAGCACCACAACAUCCACAUCCACGUCUACUCCACCUCAAACAUCGACUCUGACAACCCAGGCUCCAACAUCACGAAGUAUUGCCACCAGCCUCAACCCAUCAGCAACAACAACCACCACUGGCAACAAUGUUGUCCCCAGUACCACUGUGCCUCCAACACACUUGACAACCAUCAAUACUACCACCAGCACAACAAAUACAACAAGGACCUCCCCACCUCCAACAGAAGGAACCACCACCAUGACGACCGCUCCAACAGUGCACAUAUCAGUAGCCAGUAGUACCAGCACCUCCAGUAUCACCACACUAAGCACCACAACAUCCACAUCCACGUCUGCUCCACCUCAAACAUCCACUCCGCCAACACAGGCUCCAACAGCACACAGGACUGCCACCAGCCUCUAUCCAUCAGCAACGACAACCACCACCGGCAACACAGGUCUCACCGGUACCACUGUGCCAACAACAGAAGGCACAACCAUUGUCACCACCACCAGCAAGGCCAGCACCACCAGGACCUCUCCACCUCCAACAGAAGGAACCACCAUCAUCACACCCAAUCCAACAUCACACACCUCAGCCAGCAGCACAAUCAGCACCUCGAGGACCACCACAGGAACCACCACAAUGUCCAUAUCCACAUCUACUCCACCUCAAACAUCCACUCCACCAACCCAGGCUCCAACAGCACACAGUACUGCCACCAGCCUCUACCCAAAAGCAACGACAACCACCACCAGCACCACUGCUGUCCCCAGUACCACUGCGCCACCAACACAUGGCACAACAGUAAUCACUUCCACCACCAAGGCCAGCACAACAAGGACCUCUCCACCUCCAACAAAAACAGCCACCACCACGACACCCACUCCAACAGUGCCCACAUCAGGAGCCAGCAGUACCAGCAUCUCCAGUACCACCACACUAAGCACCACAACAUCCACAUCCACGUCUAUUCCACCUCAAACAUCCACUCCGCCAACACAGGCUCCAACAGCACACACUACUGCCACCAGCCUCUACCCAUCAGCAACGACAACCACCGCAGGCACCACGGUUCUCACCAGUACCACUGUGCCAUCAACAGAAGGCACAACCAUCAGCACUACCACCAGCACGGCCAGCGCAACAAGGACCUCUCCACCUCCAACAGAAACAACCACCACCACGAUCGCUCCAACAGUGCCCACAUCAGGAGCCAGCAGUACCAGCACCUCCAGUACUACCACAUUAAGAACCACAACAUCCACAUCCACGUCUACUCCACCUCAAACAUCCACUCUACCAACCCAGGCUCCAACAGCACACACUACUGCCACCAGCCUCUACCCAUCAGCAACGACAAUCACCGCAGGCAACACGGUUCUCACUAGUACCACUGUGCCAACAGAAGGCACAACCAUCAGCACUACCACCAGCACGGCCAGCACAACAAGGACCUCUCCACCUCCAACAGAAAAAACCACCACCACGACACCCGCACCAACAGUGCCCACAUCAGGAGCCAGCAGUACCAGCACCUCCAGUACCACCACACUAAGCACCACAACAUCCACAUCCACGUCUACUCCACCUCAAACAUCGACUCUGACAACCCAGGCUCCAACAUCACAAAGUAUUGCCACCAGCCUCAACCCAUCAGCAACGACAACCACCACUGGCAACAAUGUUGUCCCCAGUACCACUGUGCCUCCAACACACUUGACAACCAUCAAUACUACCACCAGCACAACAAAUACAACAAGGACCUCCCCACCUCCAACAGAAACAACCACCACCACGACAACCGCUCCAACAGUGCCCACAUCAGUAGCCAGUAGUACCAGCACCUCCAGUACCACCACACUAAGCACCACAACAUCCACAUCCACGUCUGCUCCACCUCAAACAUCCACUCCGCCAACACAGGCUCCAACAGCACACAGGACUGCCACCAGCCUCUAUCCAUCAGCAACGACAACCACCACUGGCAACACAGGUCUCACCAGUACCACUGUGCCAACAACAGAAGGCACAACCAUUGUCACCACCACCAGCAAGGCCAGCACCACCAGGACCUCUCCACCUCCAACAGAAGGAACCACCAUCAUCACACCCAAUCCAACAUCACACACCUCAGCCAGCAGCAUAAUCAGCACCUCGAGGACCACCACAGGAACCACCACAAUGUCCAUAUCCACAUCUACUCCACCUCAAACAUCCACUCCACCAACCCAGGCUCCAACAGCACACACUACUGCCACCAGCCUCUACCCAUCAGCAACAACAACCACCACUGGCAACACAGGUCUCCCCAGUACCACUGCGCCACCAACAGAAGGCACAACCAUCAGCACUACCACCAGCACGGCCAGUGCAACAAGGACCUCUCUACCUUCAACAGAAACAACCACCACCACCACGAUCGCUCCAACAGUGCCCACCUCACUGGCCAGCAGUACCAGCACAUCGAGGUCCACCACAGGAACCACCACAACAUCCACAUCCGUGUCUACUCUACCUCAAACAUCCACUCCGCCAACCCAGGCUCCAACAGCACACAGUACUGCCACUAGCCUCAAUUCAUCAGCUAUGACAACCACCACUGGCACCACUGUUGUCCCCACUACCACGGUGCCGCCAACACAUGCAACAACCAUCAGUACUACCACGAGCACGGCCAGCACAACAAGGACCUCUCCAACUCCAACCGCAACCGAAGGAACUACCAUCAUGACACCCUCUCCAGCGGUCCCCACUUCAGUAGCCAGCAGUAGCAGCACCUUGAGGACCACCACAGGAAGAACCACAACGUCCACAUCCAUUUCUACUCUAGCACAGACAUCCUCUCUGGCAACCCAGCCUCCAACAUCAUACAUUUCUGUUGCUAGUGUGAACCCAUCAGCAACAACAACCACUCCAGCUACCUUGGAUCUCCACAGUACCAUUGCAACGUCAACACGAGGCACAACCACCAUUACCACCACCAGCACGGCCAGCUCCACCAGGAACACUCCACCUCCAACAGAAGCAACCACCAUCAUCGCACCUGCUCAUACAGUGCCCACCUCAGUAGCCAGCAGUACCAGCACCUCGAGGACCACCACGGGAAGCACCACAACAUUCUUGAGUGCUUCAGCACAAACCACUCUGGCAACCGAGGCUCCAACAUCACACAGUACUGCUACCAGCUUCUACCCGUCAGCAACAACAACCACCACUGGCACCACAGUUCUCACCAGUACCAGUGCGCCGUCAACACAAGGCACAACCAUCGUCACCACCACCAGCAUGGCAAGCACAACAAGGACCUCUCCACCUCCAACAGAAAAAACCACCACCACGACACCCGCUCCAACAGUGCCCACAUCAGUAGCCAGCAGUACCAGCACCUCAAGGACCACAAAACUAAGCACCACAACAUCCACAUCCACGCCUACUCCACCUCAAACAUCCACCCCGCCAACACAGGCUCCAACAUCACACAGUACUGCCACCAGCCUCUACCGAUCAGCAACAACCACUACUGGCAACACAGGUCUCCCCAGUACCACUGCGCCGUCAACACAAGGCACAACCAUCGUCACCACCACCAGCAAGGCCAGCACCACCAGGACCUCUCCACCUCCAACAGAAGGAAACACCAUCAUCACACCCAAUCCAACAUCACACACCUCAGCCAGUAGCACAAUCAGCACCUCGAGGAUCACCACAGGAACCACCACAAUGUCCACAUCCACAUCUACUCCACCUCAAACAUCCACUCCACCAACUCAGGCUCCAACAGCACACACUACUGCCACCAGCCUCUACCCAUCAGCAACGACAACCACCGCAGGCAUCACGGUUCUCACCAGUACCACUGUGCCACCAACAGAAGGCAGAACCAUCAGCACUACCACCAGCACGGCCAGCACCACCAGGACCUCUCCACUUCCAACGGUAGAAAUAACCACCAUGACAGAACCCACCUCAGCAGCCAGUAAUAGUAGCACCUCAAUGACCACCACAGGAGGCACCACAACAUCCACGUCUGCUCCAACGGAAACAUUCACUCUGGCAACUGAGUCUCCAACAUCACACAUUACUGCCUCCAGCCAUCACCUCUCAGCAACAACAACAACUAUAGUUGCUACACACAUUCUUACCACAUCUGUUUCUCCUACUGCAUUGAGUACUGCCACAAUUCCCAGCAUCCCAGAACUGAUAGAUGGCAUCUGCAUGAUUAAUGGUACAAUUUACACGGUUGGAAUGUCGACAGUCAUCAAUCCAUGCAAGAAUUGUACCUGCAGUUCUGAGAAAGAUCCAGUGAAUAAUACAAAUAUUGUGCACUGCGAAACAGUUCAAUGUGAAACAUCCUGCCCACUGGGUUAUCAAUAUAUGACUAAGGAUGGAGAGUGUUGUGGGGAGUGUAUUGAAGUAGCUUGCAAAAUCAAACUAAAUAACAACACCGUUCAUGUGCUCACAGUUGAUGACGUCCUGCCAAUCGAUAACUGCACCCAUUACAAAUGUGAAAAAAUUGAAGAUCAAUUUGUUGCAGUCCAAACUAAAAAAAUAUGUCCCGAGUACAACCCAGAAGAGUGUGAUCCUUACACCAAAAAAUGUGAAAGCAAACAGCAAGCUUUAGAACAUAAAUUGGGAUAG